AUGUAUCGUGGUAAAUUCAUCUUAGAAGAUCUGUGUACAAAGAAAAAUGUUUUAGAUGAUUGUUCUCGUUCUUUAGCAGAAAACGAAAAUAACCAGCUCAAAGCAUCCACAUUGGUUUCCUGUAUCAUACAUUAUUUAGAGGAAAACUGUGUUACCGAUUCAAAAACGCCAGUAGUUAUUUAUUAUGAUGGAUACGGUUAUCAAAAUCGUAAUAAUAUCCUGGCCAACGCUUUACUAAACUUUGCUAUCAAACAUAAUGUGUUAGUGUUUGAAAAAUAUCUUGAACCGGGUCACUCUCAAAUGGAAUGUGACUCGGUACAUAGUAUGAUAGACAGGCGUCUUGAAAAUAAGGAAAUCCAUUUACCCAGUGACUAUGCUUCCAUUACAGAUCAAGCAAUGAAGGGAACUAAGCCAUAUAGAGUCAAAAUAUUAGACCAUACGUUUUUUAAAGACCAUUCAUCCUCCAACCACAUGCGAUAUUCCUCAAUCCGACCAGGAAGAAAAGCUUAUGACCCAACCAUUACUGAUAUAAGAUAUAUCAAAUACGAUCCAGUUGGGACCAUAGAAAUAUAA